GAGCAGGUAGAAGAUGGAUGGUGUGUUUCCUCGGCUGCUGCAGCAGAAGCUCCAUCCACAGAGGAAGACGUCCGCAGGGAGAACGCCACCUCCGAUUGGCCGACAGCCGCUGAAAGGCCACCAAUCAGGCUGCGUCCUGGCUGUGUGUCUGCGUGUUUCCCUUCUCCAUCCCACCGUGUCAGCCUGCGCAUCUUUCCCUGUUUGCAGCGCUGCAUGCAAGACUCUGUGUGUGUGUGUGUGUGUGUGUGUGUUGGUGUGUGCGCGAGUGGAUGCUGAAACCUGGAGCUGUGGAGGAAUCGGAGGGUCGAGGGCAGAAAACAGAAGGACCGGGGCAGAAAAAGACAGAAAGAGGGAAUAAAGGAGGAGAGGACGGAUGCUGAGGAGAGAGCGAUAGUGAAAGGACCAGAGAGGCUGCUCGGAGGAGGAGGAGGAGGAGGAGGAGGAGGAAGAAGAGGAGAUCUGCUGAAGGAAGCAGCGAGCAACAUCGUCGAUUUUCACAGCAUCCCGGGCAGCUGUCCUCUGUUGCCGUGACGAUGGGCUGCUGGCUCUCUGGACCGUGGAUGGGCGACCAGACGAUGAGUGGGCGGAGUCUAGCACACCUGAGCCAGCGGGACGCGCUGCGGAUCCUGGCAGCAAGUCAGCGUCCAAUCACCUUACAGAUAAAAGGAGGCCAGAGGGGGCGUGGCUCAGAGGUGGACAGGGCAUCAUGGGAGCCCCUCCCCCUCAACCUGCAGCACCUCAACCUGCCACUCCCUAUGCGGGGGGCGGGGCUUAACACGUCUAGCCCCUCCUACCAAGACAGACAUUAUUACAGCCAUUUGUCUCUGCCACAAGAUCACUGUGAUGGAGGUCGGUACAGUUACCUGUCCAGCUCUCCACGUGACACCGUGGACAUCGGCCACCAGGAUCUGGAGCUGACGGGCCGCCGACCGAAGGGGCAGAACUGCCUGAUGGGAUGCUGCAAUGCAAACUUAGAAGAACCAAACGCCUGCCACAGUCAGACUGAUGAUGAGGACUUCAUGCUGGAGAAGCCUCUGGGCUUCCUGCCGCUCCACCACGAGCUGGACAGCGGUCUGGGCUGGACAGACGGCUCCCUCCACCAGGGCGACCUCUCGGGGCUGGAGACCGAGGAGGGCGGCCUGGAGGACUGCCACUCCCACGGCCAGCUGGCGCCGGGAGGCUGCGGAGGCUUUGGGGGCGGCGGCUCUCCUUCCUCCGAGUCCUUCAUCUCCUCGGAGCUCAGCGACUCGGGCUUCUACAGCGUGAGCACCGGAGAGUUCAGGCACUUCCAAAGGCUGCUGGAGAAGCGGAUGCGGCUGUACAACGCCCGGCUGCAGCACCAGAGCGAGGCCUGCGAGAGGCGGGAGCGCCGGGACAGCUGCCCCAAGAGCCACCGCGAGCUGCUGGAGGCCAUACCGGAGGCCCUGACCAUGCAGCCCCAGUGUCAGCGCCUGCAGCUGGGCAUGGAGGAGGCGGCCGGGCCGGUCAUGGACGUCCCACCCCGAGGAUUAUUCAGGGUUUCGUCCGUCCAGUUCCACAAAGCUGACCGUCCCUGUCUGAACCGCCACAGCUCCAGCAGUGGAGCCCUCUUCAACCCGUCCCACGCCCACGCUGCCAUGUCCCGGAUGCCCGGUCCGGUCCUCUCCACCUGCAGCACCCCGUCCAGUCACCGGAGGCCGAUGGUGCCCAUGCAGCAGCAGCAGCACCACCAGGGCUCCAACUCAGUGGGGAUGCUGAGGAGAAGCCGAACGUUGCACCAUCGCCCUCCUCCACAGGAGUACCGCCGCCGGGCCAGCCACCCAGCAUCGCCCUCCUAUUGCGCUGCAACGCUGCACCACUGUGGAGGCGUCGCGCCGCAUAACAUCCUGCCGCCGGGCCUGCCGGAGGAAACAGAGCUGGUGGAAGGUGUGAUGGCGUCCCACCCAGCAGGCAUGGCCCUCCCUCCCCAGCAGCAUCCCACCGCUCUGGGGCACAUCAGGAGCCCAAACCCCCACGAGCGUUGCUACGACAACAACUCCAACGGCCAGAUCCCUCACCACGACUGGUGGCACUCACAAGAAAGAAGCAUGAUGCCGGAACCAAUGGUGGCAGAAAGGGACAGAGAGAUGGAAAGGGAGCUAGAGCAAAAGAGGCAAAUGCAAAAGGAGAAAGAGCUGGAGAGGGAGAGGGAGUCUCAGAUUCAGGAGGAAAUGGAGAGAGAGAGGCAGCAGGAGCUGGAGAGGAGCAUAGUCCGAGAUCAGCAGCACCUCCAGAGCCUCAUCCACCCUCCUCAGGCUGGAGACGUCAACGACACCUGGCCAAAACCUGCAAGCCGUCAGUCCCAUGGAGGCGCAGGAGGUCGAGGCCUCUACAGCACCUUGGAGGGCCACACGGCCCCUGGUAAUACUGCUGGAUGGGAUGCAAAUAAGGUACCAAUGAACAUGAUAUCAAGCCCCAAUCCCAGUUCUGGUCUGCAACCUAAAGUCACUGCGAGCUCUAAACCCAACAUGACCUCACGGAUCUCCAGGAACCAGCUGCUCAGAGAUCGGGCGUCUCAGCUGGCAGACGAGCGUAGCGGGAUGAGCACUGAUGAGGAGACCAGCACCGACAUGCUGAUGGGUCGGUACUGGAGCCGGACGGAGAGGAGGGAGCACUUUCUUCUGGCCCGUGAGCAGAGGCAGCAGCAGCUUCAAGCCAGAGAAGCAUUUAUACGAGACGCCAUCAGCAGGGGAGCGACCGUCGUCGGAGGGGGAGCAUCUGUCGGAGAUGGAGGUGUACUGGACAGCCGAGGAGUCGGAGCGUUUGCAGAGGGGCGGUGCAACACGGUGCUGGAGCUGAGUCAGAGGAAGUUGAGUCGGUUGAGGAACAGAAAGCUGCUGGAUGACUGGACGACGGUAGAGGAGCUGCUGACUCAUGGGACCAGGCUGGACAACCAGGAGGACAUGUUGUGUCCCAGCUCCCUGCUGACGGUCACCACCGUUUAACUGCAUGGACACAGUGUCUAAAUAACUCUGUGUGUGGUGUUGAGCUAACAAUGCGACAUUUUAGUAAAUCUUCUUGUUCCGUCUUUUACUAGAGUCAAAUGAGUAGAUGGAUAUCAAUUUCAUCAAUGUUGGAAAGAUGCUUAGGCCAGUAAAGCACAAAGACUGACAGCAGAGAGUAUGGAUUGGCUUUAUUUAUAAAUUUAAAAAAUCCACCAAAAGUCCCACAACAACCUCAAAGCUGUCGAACAGAAACAAAUAUUGUGUUCCCCCUACAUGAAGGUUGAAAUGUAUACUAUCCUUUGGUUAUUCAUUUUUACAUCCAUCCAUUUGCUUCCACUUAUACACGGUUAGAUUGCUAAUCGGGUCAGUCCAGAUUAGCAUUCCAGCUCCUCCUGGUUGAUGGUGAGGUGUUCACAGGCCAGAUGAGACAUGUAGUGAGUUCUAGAUUUACCCUCCCAUUUGGGUAUAUUCACAAAAACCUCCAAAGGAAGGAGCCCAGGAGACCCCGUACCUUCUUAUGUGGACGUUCUGGUUCUUUUAAACUGGAGGUCUUUAGCCUGAUGUCACUGGUUAGAAAAUAGGUUGAUAUCAAAACAAACUUACGUUUACCUCAAAACUUAAUUGAGAGUUCAGCCGGGAGGCAGGUGAGGGACUUGCUCUGCAUUUACACUGUACAACAUGCAAGUUGGACAGCUUUGGAGCAAUUGGAAAGUAUUUUUUUCUCUUUAUAAACCAUCUGAUUCCAGUCUUUUUGAUAAGCAAGGCUAAAUUUUUCAGUCAAGUAUAAGCCAUAACCCUUACUUUCACCUUAAAAUUCGCCCUUAUUAUUUUAGUGCCAGAAUUGACACACAAAAACCCUAAAAAGCCUAGAAAUGACUUCUUCUGGUUAACCCGGGUUUAUUAAGUUAUGCGUUGGGGAUGUCCCAAUUAAAUCCGACUUAUUUAGUAUUUUGAAUCCGCUGAUCUCAAUUCUUAUAUCAUUUUCCGAGAAAAUACACACUUCAUGCACAUUAAAGUAAUUCAGCAGUUCAGUAAAUCAGUCCAAUGUAUUUGCUUGACAACUGAACAGCUCUGCAAUGCAUUAGGAUGUUCUUCAGUGUCCUGUAGAUGGUCAGGAACAUUGUUGUAAAGCUCCGUCUCAAAUGUAGUGUGGAGAGGGUGUAAAAACCUGUUUGCUCUACUUCGAUGGCAGAUAAUGUUUUGAAGAUUAGCUGUCGUACCUGGUUGUUCCACCAGGUGGAGCCUGGUUGAUACUGUAGAGACCCGAGGAGGCAAGCAGAGAGCAUUGUUGUUUGGCUAGUAAAGGGGCACCGUGACAAAGACUUCUGUGGUGCUUAAUGAUGUCCAAGCAAGGCUCAUUUAGUUAAUUUCCUAUAUAGUUACUAUGUCACAGUGGAAAAUGUAACAAAGCUUACUUUGCGGCGUAAAUAAUACAUCCCCAAGCACUACGAGUGUUUAGCUAGCAAUGGGCACCAUGACAAAAACUUAUUUGUUGCUAAGUGACAUCCAACCAGGGCUGAUUUUGCCUGUUUCCUAAAUAGUUCCAAUGUCACAGUGAGAAUGUAACAAAGGUCACUUUGCAACCCAAAUAAUAUAUCCAUGAGCACUAUGAGGGUUUAGCUAGCAAUGGGCACCAUGACAAAGACUUCUGUGGCGCUUAAUGAUGUCCAAGCAAAGCGCAUUUAGUUAAUUUCCUAUAUAGUUACUAUGUCACAGUGGGAAAUGUAACAAAGUUUACUUUGCAGCCUAAAUAAUACAUCCCUAAGCACUAUGAGGGUUUAGCUAGCAAUGGGCACCAUGGCAAAGACUUCUGUGACACUUAAUGACGUCCAACUGAAGCUGGGAUUCCGUAGAACAGUGUUCAUAUGUCUUAUUGAUAUGUGAAACUGAAUUGACUUUGCAGCCUAUAUCACUAUCAUUACAUGUUCAUUGUGAUCAAUUUAUGUUAUUGGUUAAUCCAUUGCUAAUCAAUAGCACUGCCAAUUAUUGAUUUAAAAAACAAGUUAAAUUUCUAAUCUCCAGUGUCUUUACACAAAUUGUGUUCUCCCUUUAUAACAACUGUGUGACAGCGGACCUAAAUAAAUAAUUAGGAUUAAGUUGUUAUUGUAAAAAAAAAAAAAAAAAUUCAGCCAUGAUUCUGAUCUUUGGGAUCUGAUUGGGUCAUCCCGAAGGCGUGUGACAUAAUUUAGUCUACUAACAUUGGUGCAGAUUGGUGUGUUGACGUUAUGUAGCCCUAAACUGGUUGUGUUGUUCCUCUCUGCUGACCUUUAUAAAACAUUUUAGGGAUGUUUAAUUAUCGAGGCAUGAAGAACAGGGCCCCAUUCAACAAAGAUGAAACUGAUAUCCAUCUUUUCUAGACUCAGAGAGAGAAAAAAACAAACAGGAGGAUUUACAGAUGUGUCGGAUCAGUCUUUUAAUGAAUGUGUGCGAGAGCGGAAACCACUGUCAUUGCUGUACAUCACCUCAACCGAUAGCUUUAUGUGUGGGUGUGUGACCACUGUACAGCACUCCGGACUAACCGUGUGUGUCAGUGCAUGACGUUCGCAAAAGUCCAAGACAAGCGUGCGUGUUUGCAUCACGUGUUUUCAUGCUACAUCUUAUGCUACAUUUAUUUCACUCAAUCUUGGACAAAAAUUUACAAAAAAAAAAAGGGUUUCGGGGAGCAAUGCUGUUCUGCGUGCUGUACCUGGCUGUGCACUAAUGAUAAAUCACACACACAUCUGCUUUCACGCCACAGAAAACUGUAGCAAUGCAGACGCUGAGGUUUGAUACCAAACCCCGAGUGGGUUUUUUCUCAUUUUUAUUUCUAUAGAAACUGUUUACAAUUAAAAUACCAAUCGGUGGGAGCUUUUCUAACUAAAAUGCUAAAAAAGAAAGAAUCUGAUCUGGUGUUGAUCAGAGAAGGGGAAUAAAUUAAAAACGGAGGGUUCCAUCUGUGAAAUCAGCUGCCGUAGUGUUCGGGGUGGAUGUUAUGCCGCAUUCACGUCAUUUUCAACCAACUGAUUAGGAAACAAGGUGAAAAGAACCAAAGAAAUGGUGGCAAAAACUGGUAGCCACAUGCAGAUAAAAUCUAAAGUACAGCAAAGUACGCAGUCCUGCACAUCUGUUUCUACCUAAGAAGCUAAAAAUCCUACUUUAGUCGUUUUUGCAGCUAUUCUGGUUUUGUGAUAAAAUUAAACUAAAUGAAAAGCAGCGACUGAACUUUUUUUGAGUUCAGACAACUUUUAAUAAAAUGAUUUUCCACAAACGACCUAUGUUGAAUUAGCUUUUCCUCUGCAGUUGAAGGCAUUUUUAAUCAGUUAAUGAGUGCUAGCAGGUUUUUACUUGAUUAUUAUUAAAAAAUGAGGUUGUUCCCACUAGUAUUUCCACAUUAUUUAAACAAAAUGUUUAAGUGUCAUGCCCCCAAUUAAAAGUUUUUAAGUUGGGAAAUUAUAAAAAUGAUGUUGUUCACUGUUCAUUAGGUAAAAUCAUGACCUUAAGGUGAAUAAAAAUAGUUAUCAAGCCAAUUUUAUUAGAUUUACAUCAACUUUAAUUCAAUCUUAAAUAAUCAAAGGCAGAAAUUUGAAUUUAAAUUACACACAAUCAUAUCCACCGUUUACAUCUGCCACUUGACCGUACUCUAAAAAAAUCAUGUUUGGGUUCAACAAAAACAGUAUUUGAAUGUUGUUGAAAAGGAACUUUUACAAGUUUUUAUGCUUUUUUUUUUAAGUUGUGAAGCCAAUUUUAUUUAGCUAAAUUCAAGUAAUGCAGAAUUUUGAGUUUAAAUUCCACACAGUAUUCAGUUGAUGUAGCUUUUUAAUGUCAACACAGCCCAUGAAAAUGAUGUUCGCAACCUAAAUAGAUGAUUUAAAACAUUAAAUUACCAUAUUUUAUCUUGCUUUUAAUCGUGUAUAGGUCUCUUUAAUAACCCCUUAGAGUGUAGACAUCAUCAUCUUGACUGUACUUUAAAAUAAUGUAGUUAUUUGAUGUUAUUUGAAAACAACUUUUACAACUUUUUAAGCUGGCAAAUUUAAAUAACACUACAUUGCCCUAGUGAUAAGUAAAGGAAAAAAAUGUUAUUAAGCCAUUUUUAUUACGUUACCUCCAUGGAGGUAACUUAAAUUCAUCUAAUGCAGACAUUUGAGUUAGAAUUACACAAAACAUGAAGUUGAUGCAGCAUUAUUAUGUCAACAUUGCCCAUUAAAAUAAUAUUUGCAGCUUUAAAGGUUGAUCUAAAUUUUAUGUGUAAACAGCAGCAAUGUGACUUCAAAAUAUAAUAUUUGGGCUCAAUAAAAUGUAAAAAUAAUUAGCUUUUCCACUACAAUCAGAGGUUUUAUUAUUUACUUAACAACCGGUAGCAUAAACUGAAGUGAAUUUAACCUAAAGACAAAGAAAUAAUUUAACUAUUAAGCCAAUUUUAAUAUAUUACCUCAAGCUAAAUUCAACUAAUGCUUCAAACUGAAUUUAAAUAAUUCGCAAUAUUAAGUUGAUGCAACAUUUUUGUGCCUUUAAAGGUUGAUCUAAAUCAGGAAAUUACAAUUUUAGAUGUAGACAGCAAGAAUUAGGGUUUUUUUUCUACAAUCAAAAGUUUUGUUAAUGACUUAAUAUGUGGUUGGAUAAACAUGUUUUAAAGGUAAUUCCACCUCAAGGUGAAGAAAAAUGUAGCUGUCAAGCCAAUUUUGUGAAGCUGUCGCCACUUAAAUUCAAUUAAUGCUUAAAUUUGAGUUCAAAUUACACAGAGUAUCAAGUUGAUGCAGCAUUGUUAUGCCUUUAAAGGUACAUGUAAAUCAGGAAAUUGCAAUUUUAUGUGUAGACAGCAGCAACUUGACUUCAAAAAAUAAUAUUUGGGUUUAGUAAAAAGUGAAAGGAAUUAGUGUUUCCACUACAGUCAGAGGUUUUGUUAAAUACUUAAUAACUGGUAGGAUAAACAUGUUUUUAAGCUAAUUCCCCCUCGAGGUAAAGAAAAAAUGUAGCUAUCAACCCAAUUUUAUUAAAUUAGCUCAAGUUAAAUUCAAUUACUGCUUAAAUUUAAGUUGAAAUUACACACAGAAUUAAGUUUAUGCAACAUUGUUAUGUCAACACAACUCAUCAGAUUAAUAUUUGCUCCUCAAAAAGUUUAUCUGAGUCAGUAAAUUAUGAUCUAGUCUUGCAUGUUGUGGGAAUAAAUGAAUGUGUGAAUGUAACUGGAACUUCUGCUGCUCAGUCAAAAAGCACAACUCUCUCUGAAACUGCUGAGUGGCACUUUAACGCAUAAUAAUAAAAAAAUAUAUAGUUUUUCUCCGUUCUAACCGUCCUGCUAACAUGAUGUGAAUGCAGCAUAAGAUAUGAAUUCCCUCCCGUUGUGAUGUUUACAGAUUUAUCUAGGCAGAACACACAGUGUAUGCAUGAACCCUGCAGUGAAGAACUGUGCACACUGCAUUGUUGACAUUCCACUAAAAAAGAAAGAAAGCAAAGAAAAGAAAAGCCGUGUGAGUAAAUCUGAAAUCUGAUUCCAGGUCCGCAGUUCAGGAAAAAAUGUGCAAUAAUACCUCAAGCUAGUUUUAAUACGGCGGCGUCAGGUUUUCAUCCAAUGCAGUUUUAGAUGCACAAAGCUGGUUCUACGAAGACGACAGGUUCUGUACAUAUUUGUUUCUUUAUGUUGUUUUCCAUAAGAGGGACCUAAGAGGACAAUUUUUUGCACAUCAUUUUUAUACGAGAGGUUUUCCCUACCUUUCUGUACCGGGACCGAGGCCAGUGGAGCGACUGUAGAUAGAGCGACGGUGUCUGUUGGUGUUUUUCUUUCUAAACUAUCAUAGUGAUUUGAAAAAGCAAACAAAAAAACAAUUAGUUCGUUGUGAUUGUGUUGGACAUAUUUCAAUAUUUUUCUUGUGACCGACGUGAACAAGUUUUUAUGAUCUUUAACGAAUCUUGCAAAGCUACUUCUGUUUGUUUUUGUUUUGUUUUCCAGGAGCGAACACGAAAAAUGUGAAUAUUAUUGUCUCUCUUUAAAUGGCAAAAUGGACUUUUCCUGUUGUUUUUGUGUCAUUCUAACAUGUACAUAUUGAUUUUGUGGGACGGUUCGGGGAACGUGUGGUCUAUAACGUGGUUCUGUGGGUUCCUAGGCUGUACGUUCAGCACAGAGGUGGAGAACAUUGUAGUAUUAUGGGUAGUGCUCAGUUCCUUCUGAAUGUUAAAUGUGGCAUCCGUGGAUUAUGAGUAGGAUCACUGACACUGUAAAAACAAAAAAACAUGCGGAUUUUCUCCAUCUUCUCCAGUGGAAAUCAGUUUUAUGAUGCUAAUGAAGCUUAUUUAGCACAAAGACUUGGGAAAAAAACAUGUUGAAUCUGAGUAAUGGGACACAAAAGAAGUACAAAAAAGGAAAACCUGCACUAUGAAGUGAGAUGAAUGGGUUUACAGACAUGUUAAAGGUAAAAUCCGACUUCGUUCUUGCUUGAAAAACUGUUUUUCAUCAACGUUGAUGCUGCUAAAAGUAUUCUGAAUUGACUCCAGCGUCAUGUUGGUCCAUUGUUCAUGUUAAUGUAAGCCACCUGUACACCAUUACGACUCAUUUUUAUGACGAUUUUUCUAAUUAUAUUCCCAAAACUGAAAUUAACUUGGGAGCUUUUACAAAAAAUAACUGAAACUGAAGCGUAUCUUCAUCAACAACUUAUUAUUCAAUGUUUGAAAUUUCAGAAAGCAGUGAAAAAACACAGAGAAAGGUAUUUACAUUGCUUUCCUAUCUGAGAAACCAGAAGAUGCUGAACUUUGUUAGAUUUACUCAAAUUUUAUGAUGAUUUAAGCCACCUGUGCAGCUGUACGUCCCAUUUUUACACCAGUUUUUCUCACUGUGUUCCCAAAACUUCAAUUCACUUGGUAGUUUUUGCAAAAAAUAUCUGUAACAGAAAUGUAUCUUCAUUAAUAGCUGAUUAUUUAGUGUAUGAAAUGUCGGAAAACAGUGAAAAAACACGUGGAAAGAUGUUUAAAUAACUUUUUUGUCCACAAGCACUGAUCCUAUAAUAAUUUUCAGCCGUAUCAGAUGUAGUUUUACACCAGUUUUUCUCACUAUCUUCCCAAAAUUCAAAUUAACUCAGUUGUUUUCCCCCAAAAAACUGCCUUAAAUCAAUGCAGUGCCAGAAAACUAAACCAUAUCUUCAUUAAUAAGUGAUUAUUCAUUCAAAAGAAUUCAGAAAACAGUGAAAAAACAUUACUUUGUCGGAGAAACCAGAAAGCGCUGAACUUACUGUCAUAUUUAUUCAAGUUUUGUGUGGAUUUAAGCCUCCUGUGCAGCUGUACGUCUCAUUUCAAGGCCAGUUUUUCUUAUCAUGUUUCCAAAAUUCAAAUCAACUCAGCUGUUUUUCCAAAAAAAAGCCCUAAAUCAGUGCACUAAUCAUUAAUAUCUGAUUAUUCAGUGCAUAAAAUGUCAUAAAACAGUGAAAAAAAAUACAUAGAUGCUUUUUAAAAUGCUUUUUUGUCUGAAAAACCAAAAGACACUGAGCUUACUGUCUUAUUUAUUGAAGCCUCCUAUGCAGCUGUACGGCUUAUUUUUAUACCAGUUGUUCUCAAUAUGAUCCCAAAAUUCUAAUGAACUUGAUUGUUUUUCCAAAAAAGUAGUCAUAACUGGAGAAAACUGAAUCAAAUCAGAGACGAUAUUCAGAAUAAAAACAUGUUUAAGCUGCUGUACUUGACUAGAAGAUUCCCACGCAGUGCUUCCAGUCUUCGUGCUAAGCUAAGCUAAGCUAACACCCUGCACAGAAGCGACUGAUGUCCACGUUUCCAGGACGACGGAGGAGCCAGAAGAUUCACGCAGAUGUCAGAUCUGUUUGUUCCAAACACAGCAGACACGUUUUUCUUCCCUCCUGAAUAAUGGAUGACGAGGACAGAAACCUUCCUCCCCCCUUCCUCACCCUCUUUGCUUACGUUACACCAGGACCUCCUCAUGUGAUGUGGAAUUAAAAGCACACUGGAGCGGAGACACUUGUUUCCGUCCAUCCUGCAGCUUCACCUCCAUCCGUCCAUCCUGCAGCUUCACCGCCAUCCGUCCGUCCGUCCGUCUGUGCAGCGACUUUUCACCACAGCAAGCUUUUUGGAAUAUGAUGAUGUACAUGUGAUUGUAAUAAAGAGAUUUUAAUUAGCUAUGA